AUGAGCACUCUCGUCUGGUUUCCCCUUUCCAACCCACCCUCCCGGUAUCGCCGCUCAUGGCCUUUCUUGUCACAGAAGCCGAGCCGUGCUGCGUGGAAGCAUGAAAGGAUGGCUCUGCAGGGCUCAUUGAAACAUGUGGACACAGGUCAGUGUGGUCCAGCUGUGAGUGAGGAAGCCAUCAUAUGCAACGUCAAGAUGGAAAAAUUGUACUUGCAUUAUUUGAGAGCAGAGAGCUUUCGAAAAGCCUUGAUUUAUCAGAAGAAGUAUCUCUUGCUGCUUAUCGGUGGAUUCCAGGAUUCUGAGCAAGAAACCCUCUCAAUGAUAGCUCAUUUGGGAGUGUUUCCUUCCAAACCAGAUAAGAAAGUAACUGCAUCUCGUCCUUUUACCAAGUUCCGAACUGCUGUCAGGGUGGUUAUUGCAAUCUUAAGAUUACGUUUCUUGGUUAAGAAAUGGCAAGAAGUGGACCGAAAGGGACUACCACGAGGCAAAGCCUGCCGCCCAGAAACACCAUUGCCCCAGCCGCAGCCACCCCCUCCUGAAACGAGGUCUCCUCCCACCCGGGACGCUUCGACCAGCCUCACCAGAGACCCUGUCCAUGGCUCCAGGUCCAGGCCCACAGAAUCACCACGCAUGAGAGCAAGACACACUUCGUCUCCACGUUCAAGAUCAGGAAGGUCCCUGGAUGCUUCUCAAGAUCCGGAACACUCCUUAACAGAAUAUAUCCAACAUUUAGAAAUGAUUCAGCAAAGACUAGGAGGGGCACCACAAGAUUCCACUUCAAAAAAGUCCUGCCGCCAGAAGAUUAAAUGAUGAAUAAAAUGCAGUGGAUCGUCCUUGUGACAAUUCUAUUUGAGGAAAAGAUUUUCCCCCUUGUGAUGUGGCGUAGGAUAGAUGUUCAUGGCAUCCAGCCCCUAAGUACAUUUGUCCAAGUGUUCAAAACCCACUGGAGCAUUUGCGAUGUAAUUCUGGUAUGUACUUGGCCUUGUCUUCAUGAGGUAGCAGCUCUUGUGAGCUCGGGCUCGUCGCUGCUCUGUGUGCAUGGGCAGUGCCACGCCUGCCAGCCUCCACAAAGGGUAAGCUGCAGAUGGCUUCCUGUCUUGAUUUUCCUAAAUGCUGUACAGUUGGACACUUUGUUUUAAACACAAAGCCCAAGAAGGGUAAAAUUAAAGCACUGUUUUAUUUCUGA